CCAGAGAUGAAGGUUAACAACCUCGUAAUCCCCUUUGACUCCGAAGUGGCAGUUAUCGGGGCCAACGGCUACAUCGGGGUAGAAACCUGCGAGAAAUUGCUACAAGCCGGAUACCGUGUGCGAGGAACAGUGCGAGACGUGGAGCAACAGCUCUGGAUGAGAGAACUAUUUGAGAAGAAGUGGCCUGGAAAGUUCAACCUGGUCUGCGUCAAGGACUUUGAGGUUGAAGAUGCCUUUGACAUGGCAUUCAAAGGGGUGGCUGGCGUCAUUUAUGUCUCGACACCGGUCAUAUUCAGUCCUGAUCAGACGCAAGCUAUCGACCGGGUGGUAAAAGGCACGAUCAAUACUCUGGAAGCUGCUGCCCGAGCGGGCGUGAAGCGCUACGUCCUCAGCUCCAGCUCCAAAGCGGUCGAAUCGACGGUCUACAAUGUACCGCAUGUGCUGGAUGUCUCGACAUUCAACUACGACGAUCUUCAAAAGGCGAGAGAAGAGCCGACCGUGCCGACAUUCGAAAGAGCACUCAGAGUGUAUAGCGCGGGCAGGACAGCAGCCGAGCUGGCAUUCUGGGACUGGAUUAAAAACAACAAUCCCCCUUUUGUGGCCAAUGUAGUUGUACCGGAUGGAAACUUUGGUCGUGUUCUUGACAUAGAACAUACAAACACAGGGCCGACGUCGUCAGUUGGUAUGCUCAAGCGCGUGCUCGCUGGGGAGCGAGAGGGGAUUUUCCCAUACGUCGGGUAUUUGAUUGACGUGCAAGAUACAGCACGUCUACUAGUUGCAGCUCUGUCGCUGUCGUCCGUCGCUGGCGAGCGCAUUUUCGCAUACAAUAGCCAUUACACCUGGAAUGAACUGCGUCAUCGAGUGCGUCGUCUGUUCCCAGACCGACCGGAGAUAAUCACUGGAGAGGACUAUGAGGAUAUCGGGAGGGACCUGGGGAAUGCCGAUGACCUCAUUCAGCGAUCUGAAGCUUUGUUGAGAGAGGUUGGACAACCAAGUUUCACUGCGGUGGAUGACAUGCUUCGGGACUUUGUGAGCAGUGUUUACUCCAAGCACACAUGA